AUGAGGAGCGAAGGAAACAAUUUAAUUUUAGUCGAAGGCGGAGAGAUCACGAGACAGGACCCCGGAGACGCUGGGGUAUGUGUGUGCAUUCGCAGUGAUGCCAAGGAGCUUCAAAGCUGGCGCAGCCCGCUCCCAACCAUCUCCUCCUCCCCUCUCUUCUCUUCCUCCUUCUCCUCCCUUAUUAACCCUUCCUCUCCGCCCUUUUCUCUUUCCUCCUCGUCCAUCAUGACCGCUGUCCUUAGCCCGUCGUCGUACUACCCUGGCCCCAGCAUUCUUCUUAACCGCUCGCCAUCGGCAUCGCCGUAUUAUCAUCCUUCAUCCCUCCCGCCUCUCGUCCCAUCUGGCUAUUCCUCAUCCUCCUCCUCACCAUCUCCCAACCUCAAUGGCGAACAGAACUACAUCGUCGGCUCGCCCGCAUCUCCCAAGAGUCGAUCUGCUUCAUUCAACACCCAGAUGCAAGACCACCCAGCCAAACCUCGCCCCGGCUCGGCCCCCAACUCUUACCGCAUUCGCUUCGCACCACUCCCUGAUCCCCGUCGUGACGCAUUCGCCUCCCUUCAGAGCGAAGAGGACCUAGAUCUCCCUUCCGUCUUCCUCGAGGAUACAGACAGCUCCAAGCAGAGCGCUACUAGCUAUGCUCGCAAGGCGACGCGUAAGUCGUCCAACGCCCAAGACGCGAAGCCCAAGCCAGCAACACCCGGAUCCUUGCUUUUUGCCGGCGACCCCGGCACACCAACGCAAGCGUCCGCCUUGACGCCGACACCCGCAGGCGCUGCCGCCAUCACGCCCAGACCGGUACCAAAAGCCGCGAGCAUUUGCGCCAAGGCGACGCCCGAUCUCGACGACGCUGGUUGGGCCCUCCCCCAUGCCUCUCCAUGCCCAUCCAGUAUCAGCUUGCCAGAAGAACGCUCCACCAGGCCGAACAGUAUCAAGAGUAGCAAGUGGUCCAGGAGACUGAUGAAACCGCUUUCCUCCUCGUCGCCGGGCGAAAGCGAUCAAUGGGGCUUUCCAUUGUUGAAGAAGGUUUCUUCCGUCGUGACUGCGAAGGAGGUGGACCUCGAGAUCGAGAAACGCAAAGCAGGCAAGCCGCGUUCCAGAAGCACCAGUGGGCUGAAGCUCUUGAACGGUAGAGUCUAUGGUGCAAAGCGAGCUGCCGCCGCAAAUCUCUUUGCCAGUGCUCGAUCUGAAGAACCUCAAUUUGUAGAAUGGGGCUAUGGCGGAAUGGGAAGCGUGCAAGCCGCCAACGUAGGAUCCGGAAUCUGGUCCAAGUUGCAGGCUGGACAAGGUGUCAGCAUUGGUGCCCAUGAUGCUGAGAGCAGCUUUGGUCGACGCAGCGUGGCGCCCAGUCGAGACGAUGACGAUGGUAGUGGCAUGGCAUGGGUGAAGCGGCGGAGAGAGCAGAGAGAGCGAGCGCAGAAGGAGAAGGAGAGCACACAGGCAGUCAACGAAGGUACCGAGUCGCUCCCGAAGGUCUUAGCUAAGGCGGAGACUCCGUUGGAGGUGGACCCGGACUCGAGCGUUUGUGACCCCGAUCCGCCGUGCACAGAUAAGACUGAUGGCGCGAGUGGGCGCGUUGUUUCGCCCUCUCCGAUCUCUCCUCCUAUCUCUCUCCCGACGAGCGCAGCGACCACUCCUGGAUCCGAGGACCAUGUUCUCAUGGCGGCGUACAUUCCGCCCCGUGCUCACCACCACCAUUCGGGAAGCCAUGGACAUGCCCUCUUGCAUACUCCGGGAGUCAUGGAGAGGGUCCCCAGUGGACUAAGAGGACGUGAGGUGCGACAGAACAGUGCCGAUACUAUGCAGGUGGCGCCUGGAGCGCUUGAAAUACUGCAGACCGAAGAUGUCAUCGAUACUAGCAAGGAUGACGCGCUGCGCAAGGCAGAUUCUCUCGCCAGUGCGCUCAGCGAUGCUUCAAGCUCGACUCUCAGCGAGGAUUCUGAUGAGGAGGCCGAUGCUGAUGAGGACGAGCCAUACAGUUCGCAGGACAAUGAUGACGUGGAUGAGGAUGAGCAGGAGUGCAAGCGUAUCACCGCAAUGGGUGCGGGCGUCGAGAAAAUUAGUAGACACAAGGAGACCGCGCCUGCGCAGGGCGAAUAA